AUGGAUGAUUACCCUUGGGCUUCAUUACAUCUCACUCAAAGUAGAGCAUCAUUUGCACAAGAACGAAUCUAUUUAGAUGAGCAAAUCCGUUUUUCAUCCAAGAAAACAACGAUGAAUAAUAUGUAUGUUGUUUCAUUACUUUAUCGAAUAUCAUCUACGAAUGAUCAUGUAUCCAUUACUCGAUUACAUCAUGCAUUUCAAAGUGUUAUCAUAAAGCAUAAUAUUCUUCGAACAGCACUUUAUAUUGAUGAUACAAAUGGUAAUAUUAUACAACAUUGCAUAGGUGUAAAGGUUGUUCUCGUUGAUGACAUGAAAUCAUAUGGAAUGACAAUCGUUAAUAUUCAUAAUAAUGAUCAUCGUCAUAAGAAUGAGAUUAUUGAAGAAAUAUUAAAUCAAUCUGAUUUAUUUCACUUGUCAAAAGGACAUGUUACUCGUUGUCAUAUUCUUCGUCAUUGUUAUCAAUCUCAAGAUAGUAUCUCAUAUGAGGCUGAUGAUCUAUUAACUGAAAAUGAUUACAUACUGAUUAGUAUUCAUCAUGCAAUGUUUGAUGGAGCAUCAACACCAAUCUUCAUUCGUGAUCUUUCUCUUGCUUAUCAAUCGAAUGAUUCUUUAUCCAUGGAUGAAAAUACAUUGAAUUAUAUAGACUAUUCUGUUCAUGAAAAUAUCAUGGAUAUAUCAUUAUCUCGUGAAUUCUGGCAUUCUCAACUUGAAAGAUACAAUAUCGAAUGUUCAUUAUCAUUACCAGUUGAUCGACAACGUUCAUCAGCUAAUCAACAACGAUCAGGUGUAGCAUCCAUAGCUGAAAUAAAUUUUGAUAACGAAAUAUGCACAUCAUUUCUAAAUUAUGCAUCAUCACAUCAUCUUACACUAUUUCAACUUGGACUAACAACAUUUUAUAUAUUCUUAUUUAAAUUAACGCAUGGUCAAACUGAUCUAUGUAUUAGUUCUAUUAAUGCAAAUCGAUAUCGAAGUGAAUUAGUGAAUAUGAUUGGAAUGUUUGUAUCAACAUUACCAUAUCGUUUAGAAAUUGAUUCUAAUUGGUCAUUGAUUGAAAUGGUUAAACAUGUUCGAGAAAAAUGUUUAUCAAUUCUCGAACAUGCUCAUUAUCCAUUACAACAUAUUCUUGAUGAUAAUCGAUUCAAUCAAUCGAAUGUGUCAUUUCUUGAGAUAAUAUUUGAUUUUAUCAGUGUGCCAAAAGAUAUCAGUUAUUUAAGUUUGAAUGAUGCAAAUUUAGAACGAAUGUCAUUAGAACAAUCAGCUGAAGUGUCUAAAUUUGACUUCUCAUUAACAUUUGAAUACAAUCCAUUAUUAGAUAAUAAGAGAUUAUCAUGUCGUUUUGUUUGUUCCCAUGAUCUGUUUGAAAAACCAACUAUUUCAAAAAUAGCACAAAGGUUUCAAUAUAUGUUUCAACAACUAUUUCAAACACAAUCAAGCAACAUUCCAGUGAUGAAUGUGAGUUCAUCGAUUAACAAACUGUCUCUUAUUCUUCCUGAAGAAGCUGAAGAGAUGGAAUUAGUAGUGUUUCAUCGAUUGGAGAAUAUUGUGAAUGAAGGUAUGAUUGUACGCAGCUUGUUCUAUUGUUUUAUAAAAGUAGUAGUCAGUUAA